AUGGUGCCAAAAGCUAAUGAGCAGUCACGCAUGAUUUCGUUUUUCAACUGCGUUGCUACUUUGAUGCAAUCUAAUCUGCUGGAAUUGUUCAAAGAGAGUCUUCUAGAAUAUAAAAACUUCAUUUGUAUGAAAAUGGAAGCUAAGCAUAGACCGAAAUUUAUCGUGAAAUUCAUUAGUCGUCACAAUCAACUUCUUCCAGUACCGUCGUUUGAGGAGUGGGAAUACGGCGUGCUAGGCGUGGUGGAUAUGUUGGUUGAAGUUUCUAACAGUUUUCCAAGAAUGGAGGCCAAAAUUUUUGGCGACUGGGAUACUCAGGAAGGAACCCCGGCUCCUGGAACAACUCUCAAACCUACCAUUGAUCCCGCAGAGGUCCAGACCAUUAAAACUGAAAUUACAAAUUCUUUCCGAGAACAGACGAAAGGUCCGAUGGCAUACGUUGAGGUUUACAAUCAACACAGCUUUCUGUUUGAGGGAGAUAAUGAGGACACAAUGGAUGUUUUCAUCAUUGAAGAACGCACGUGGGAUCAAAUGGUUGAGCAAGUAAUUAAGUUUCAUAACUUGUCCCAAGACAUGGGCACCACGUUUGAGCCGAAAACUCUGAUUGGAAUUUUCGACAUCCACUGUGACGAUUUGAUACGAAAUCUUGGAAAUAAGGCUUCUGAACUAAGGGACAAAUUCCUCGAUAAAAUGAUUCACACUCUGCAUGUCCAACUGAAAGAGUAAUGUCCAGUUUUGUUUAUUCAGCAAUUAAUUUAUUUUCUGUAAUUUAUAAGAACGAGGUUAUGAAAUUAUGAGAAAUGUAUGUAUAUCCAUAUUAUAUUGGUGUUAGACUUGUAGAUGAGUAUGAAGCAAUUAGCGAAAAAGCACUUAGCACACCAACGAGCACUGAACAGCUCUUUCAACUUAAAGAGGAAAUGGACAAAAUUAAAGAAAAAACCUUGCCACAAAUGCAACAUGAAUUGAAAGAAUUGCUCGGAAAAUUCUUGUUCAUUUCGGAUUACAUGCAAAUUUCUCCUAUUGUCUCCAAACUGCAAACA